AUGGGGUUUAAAGGUUGGGAUGCACUGAUGACUGAAUGGACUCUAUGGAGUCAGAAAAGAACAUGGCGACCGUCCAUAUGUAGGACAUUGAAAUCCCUACAUUUAACAACAUGUCAUAAUAUAAAGUAUGUUGCGCCUCUGCUGGACGGUCGGUUGUCACUGCCGGUGGUGGUUCCGAUCCGCACUAAAAAGCGCCAUUUCAUUCCUCCGGCUGUGAACGUGAAAACGAAAACACAAGCCGAGCAGGAAGCUCAAGCCCGGGCUUCGGGUGUGGUGGUCCGGCAGGAGUACAUGGAGAGAGCGAUUAACAUCGCAUGCACAGCGGGUAUUUUUGAUCCUUAUGUUCCCCCUGAGGGAGAUGCUCGUCUGUCCGCACUGUCUAAGGAAGGUUUGAAACAGCGCACAGAACAGUUGCGUCAGAGCGCAGCGUCACAGCUGGCGAUUCGUAAAAUAAAGGAUCAUGACCCUGAGUUCUCUACAAAGGAGUUCCCAGUACGAGCUCAGGAGAUUUUUAUUGAGGCUCAUGCAUUACUCACUCAGUUUAACAAAGAAAAGCUUCAUUCUUUGGUGACUGAGAGAUGUUACCCUGAGAUGGUUCGGGGAAACCGUUAUAAGACUCUGCGCUGGCGUUUCAUAGAGUCAUUGGAACCUCCGCGGGUGGUUCAUGCUCGAUGCCCUGACAUGAUCAGUAAGGGCAACCUGUAUGGUCAGGUGACUCUCCGCAUGCACUCGAGACAGACAUUAGCGAUAUAUGAUCGUUUUGGUCGACUGAUGCUUGGGGAUGAGGAGGAACCCAGAGAUGUUUUGGAGUACUUAGUGCUGGAAAGGCAUCUGGUCAACCCUUAUGGACUCUGGAGACUUCACGGCAAGAUUGUUCCAGCAUGGGCGCCACCAAAAGAUCCUAUUAUUAAGACGGUCAUGAUUCCUGGGCCUCAACUCAAGCCCGAGGAGGAUUUUGUGGAUCUGAAUUACCAGAUACCAAAGCCCAAGGCAGUCCAGUGGUACAAGUAAUUCUGAAAGGCGUUGCCUUACUCCACCCCACCACAGCCCCUCCGUGUACAUACAGAUUUCUACUGUUCAUCUUCCACAAUAAAUAUUAUGGUAUUUUAGAAAGCUUAAAAUGUUGUUUAUGUUGUUUUAUGAACUGCCUUUUUGAAAUGCAUUUAUUAAGAAAGAUGUAUGGAGGUAAUGUUCUUACUUAAAUUGCAGAUGAAAUUGAAGUUAAAGCUGAUCUGUGCAGUUGAAAAGUUUAUUUCAGAAUGAUAAAUUCACAGAUUUUGUUGGAAUAUAAAAAUAAAGUGAGGCAUAUUUCACAUUGA